UUUGUUUCUUUAAGCUUUUCUUCUUCCUCUAUUUUUCUCUCACUCUUAUCCUCUCCUUCUCACUCAAUUCCUUCAAACAUCCAUCUACACUUUUGAUUUUUUUUUUUUUUUGGUUCCCCUCUCUUGUCCAAAAAAAAAAAAAUCACAUAUAAAUAAAAACCAAAACCCUAAUUUUUUAUAAAUAUAUAUAAAAAAUAGUUAUAGCUCCUCACUUAUAUAUGCAAAAGCCAACAUCUAGUAUCUUAAAUGUCAUAAUGGACGGUGGAGACAACGUCGGAGGAGGAGGAGACGAUCACCACCGUCACCUUCACCAUCACCACCGCCCUACUUUCCCUUUCCAACUCCUCGGAAAACGUGACCCCGACGACAACCAUCAACAACAACAACAGCAACAACCUUCACCUUCCUCCUCAUCUUCUCUCUUCUCUCUUCAUCAACACCAACAGUUAUCUCAAUCGCAACCUCAACCGCAAUUGCAACAAAAGCCGCAACCGCAGACAACAACGCAGAAGGAGUUAUCACAAACGCAAGAGGACUCUACGGCGGUGGUGGCAGCUAAAAAGCCUCCGUUGAAACGAGCUUCGACUAAAGACCGACACACAAAAGUAGACGGAAGAGGGAGGAGGAUAAGGAUGCCGGCGUUAUGUGCAGCUCGAGUGUUUCAGCUAACGAGAGAGCUCGGUCAUAAGUCCGACGGUGAGACUAUAGAGUGGCUACUUCAACAAGCUGAGCCAUCAGUUAUCGCCGCCACCGGAACCGGAACUAUCCCGGCGAAUUUCACUUCUUUAAACAUCUCUCUCCGUUCUUCAGGCUCUUCCAUGUCUCUCCCUUCUCAUUUCCGCUCCGCCGCUUCCACUUUUAGCCCUAAUAAUAUCUUUUCUCCGGCGAUGCUUCAACAACAACAACAACAACAAAGAGGUGGUGGUGGCGGUGGGUUUCUUCAUCAUCCUCAUCUACAGGGACGUGCAACGACGUCUUCUUUGUUUCCUGGUAUAGAUAACUUCCUACCAACGACGUCGUUUUUGAACUUCCAUAAUCAGACAAAACAAGAAGGAGAUCAAGAUUCAGAUGAGUUAAGUUCAGAGAAGAAAAGAAGACUCCAAACGACGUCGGAUUUGCAACUACAGCAGCAGCACCAACACGAUCAAAUCGGGAGCUAUACUCUUCAAUCUAGCAACAGUGGAUCUACUGCCACCGCAGCAGCCGCUGCCGCGCAACAGAUACCGGGAAAUUUCUGGAUGGUUGCAGCGGCUGCGGCCGCCGCGGGUGGUGGUAACAACAACCAAACAGGAGGUCUUAUGACAGCUUCCAUUGGUGGUAGCGGUGGAAACGGUGGCGGCGAGCCUGUUUGGACGUUUCCUUCAAUUAACACAGCGGCAGCUGCGUUAUACAGAAGUGGCGUUUCAGGAGUUUCGGGCGGUGCGGUUUCGAGCGGUUUACAUUUUAUGAAUUUCACAGCGCCAAUGGCAUUUCUUACUGGACAACAACAACAACAACAGCUAGCAACAACUAGUAAUCAUGAGAUCAAUGAAGAUAAUAAUAAUAAUAACAAUAAUGAAGGAGGAGGAGGAGGAGGAAGAAGUGACGGUGGGGGUGGUGAUCAUCAUAGUACACAGAGACAUCAUCAUCAUCAACAACAGCAGCAACAACAUCAUCAUCAUAAUAUUCUCUCCGGUUUAAAUCAGUACGGACGGCAAGUUUCCGGCGAAUCUCAGGCUAGUGGAUCACUUGGAGGUGGUGAUGAAGAGGAUCCACAAGAUUAACCGUGGAUUACUCUGCCGGCGGCGGUGGCGGCUAAAGGCGUUAGGCGGCUGUGUAAUACUUUUGUUUUCGCCGUUAAUUUUAUUUACAUUUCUUGUAGUAAUUUUUUUUGUUUUUGUUAAGUAACAAAAAAAAACAAAACACGUGAGAUUUUUUUAUUUUAAUUUUGAUUUUUUUUUUUUUCUACUUUGAUUUAAAUUUGAUUUUUCUUGUGAGUGAGUGAUUAAAUAGUACACGAGAUUUUUUAUGUCAGGUUUUUUGGAUUUUGAGGAGAAUAUGACACUUUUUUUUUUA